GAGGGCUCGUGGGGCAGAAGCGGGCACCAGCACGAGCAGUGCCCUAAAAGUUCACGUGUUGCGAGUUUCUGCUUGUGAAGGAACGAUUCGUAUUUCACAAUUCCAUUGAAAGAGUUAUUAAUUAAGUUGUGUUAGUGAAGUUAUUAAUUCAGUGAUGCCCAGCUUUAAAAAUAAAAGUGUACCGGUGAGGAACAAACUACCUCUGUACAAGUCAAGAAUACAGCUUUGCACCUUGUGCAGUCUAAGGGGGACUGAAGCGAUGCAGCCGCGAUGACGCUUCAGGAGCUGGUGGCUCGGGCAGCCAGCCUGCACUCGGACAGAGCAGCAGUUUGGUUUGAUGAAUGCACUGGGAAACCUCCAGCCUACUACACCUACGCCACGGUGGUCGAGCUUGCCGUAGAACUGACAGCUUUCCUUAAGAAGCACUGUGACCACCAAGGCAAAUGUGAAAUAGGCCUUUACUGCUAUCCAGGAAUAAACCUGCCGUCUUGGAUCUUAGGAAUCCUUCAAGUUCCAGCUGCCUAUUCACCUAUUGAUCCAGAUGCACCACCAGCCAUAUCCACUUACUUCAUGAAGAAAAGCAAUCUUCAAUAUAUUCUUGUUGAGAAUGACAAAACAAAUAAAUUCCGGAUGUCCCAUCCUGGCUGUUUUUACCACAAUUCCUCCGCCAUAGAACAUAUUGGUUUAACUCUCUUCCAAAUGAGCUCAAGCAACACUGAUUUAAGUUCACAAGCAGACAAUAUGAGAAGUAAAUGUGAACCUUUCAAAGCUGUGGAUAACUCACAGCCAGGAUAUACCAUUUGCCCAGAUCAAACCAAAGUAAAAACAUCAGAAGGAGGAUACAUGGAUGCUGGCCAGAAACACACUUUAGCAUAUGUCCUGCAUACAUCAGGAACUACAGGGAUCCCCAAAAUAGUCAGAGUGCCUCAUAAAUGUAUAGUGCCAAAUAUUCAGCAUCUUAAAUCCAUUUUUGAGAUCACACAGGAUGAUGUGCUAUUCCUGGCUUCUCCUCUCACAUUUGACCCGUCUGUGGUUGAACUGUUCAUCGCUCUGACAAGUGGAGCCUCUAUUAUUGUCGUACCAAACACUGUGAAAAUGAUGCCUGUGGAGCUCUCUGCUGCUCUGUUUCACCACCACCAUGUGACAGUGUUGCAGGCGACACCAACACUUCUCAGGAGGUUUGGAGCUCACAUUAUUAAAUCAAGAGUGUUGUCUGCAAAUACGUCACUUCGUGUCUUAGCCCUUGGUGGUGAAGCGUUUCCCGUACUGAGUCUUUUGAAAAGUUGGAAGCACGAGGAGAACAAAACAAGUAUUUUUAAUCUCUAUGGUAUUACUGAAGUGUCAAGCUGGGCCACUUGCUACAAGAUUCCUGAGGAGGUUUUUAGUGCUGAUUUUAGAAUGGAUUUUCCUAUACCUUUGGGAUCACUGCUCCUUGGAACAAAACUUGAGGUCAGAGAUGCCAAUGGAUCUGCAGUUCUUGAAGGCGAGGGACAAAUAUUUAUAGGUGGCGAAGAACGAAUCUGCUUUCUUGAUGAUGAAGUAACUGUGCCACUGGGUACCAUGAGAGAAACAGGGGAUUAUGUUAGAGUGAAGAAUGCAAAGUUGUUCUUCUUGGGUCGAAAAGACAAUCAGAUUAAACGUCACGGCAAACGUUUUAAUAUUGAAUGUCUGCAGCAGGCUGCUGAAGCUCUUUGUCAGGUAGAGGCUUGUGCCGUUACCUGGUAUCAACAGGAAAAACUUAUCCUGUUUGUUUUACCCGAAGAUGAUUUUGAAGAAAGAGAAGCACUUAAAGAACUCCAGAAGCAUCUACCAGCUUAUGCAGUCCCUGAUGAGAUUGUAGUGAUUAAAGCUUUGCCUUUAACAUCACAUGGCAAAGUUGAUACAUCUGAACUGAACAAGAUUUACCAGAACCAUCUAAACUCCAGAAGGCGUGACAGUAAGCUGAGUGACGCAGAGGAAUUGUGGGAAAGAUUGCAGUAUUUAUGGAAGUCUGUCCUCGGUCUUCCAGGUGAUUCCACUGGAAUUUCUAAAGAUGCAGUAUUUCUGUACAGUGGUGGAGACUCCCUAAAGGCGCUACGAUUUUAUGAUGAAAUUGAGAUGUUAGUAGGCAAAGCUGUGCCUGGACUCCUUGAAGUUAUUCUCAGCCACUCAGUUGAAGAGGUUUACAGACAUAUUCUUAAAAUGGUGUUUCCAGAUGAAGAACAGUUAAUGAAUCCUGGCAAUGUUGUGAAAAGAAAAUUAAGAGGGAGCGGUGGAGAGGAAUUCCAUGGAAAAUAUAUUAAACUGACAUCUGAAAGAGGUCUUGAGAUUGCUUCAGGAUUAAUGCCAUUUAUUGCACUGAACAGAGGAAAUCAUUUUUUCCCUAUGAAUUUCACCAAGUCUUCUAUGCAGCCCAAAAAUACAGUACAGGUAGGAGUGGAACCACUACAGCAGCCAUGCUUUCUGCAUUCCAAGACUCCAAGUGUAAUGAAAAGCCAUGUGCAAGGGUCUGAACUGGAGAAUAGAAUUUUAACAGUUGAAAACAAGGCAAAUAAAAAUGACUGUUCCUCUGUUCAGCAAAUCCACGCCGAAUGUUGUCAUUUGCCAGUGACAGAGUUGGCAUUGUGCGUGAGGUGGAAGUCAAACACAAGAAAAUGCGUUGAUGCAUCACCACUGGUUAUAAUACCAGCUAAAGAAAAAGUAUCUGCAUGUGUAUAUGUUGGCUCUCACUCCCAUGCAAUGCAGGCAAUUGAUCUGGAUUUGGGAGAAAUAAAAUGGGAGAAGACCCUUGGAGAUCGUAUUGAAUCUUCUGCCUGUGUAUCCAAGUGUGGAAAUUUCAUUGUUGUUGGUUGUUAUGAUGGCUUAGUGUAUGUGCUUCAAAGCAGUGAUGGAGAAAUACACUGGACUUUUGUCACAGGAGACACUGUGAAAAGCUCUGCAGUUGUAGACCCUGCCAGUGGACUGGUCUACGUUGGAUCACAUGACCAACAUGUGUAUGCUUUGGAUAUUUAUAAAAGGGUGUGUAUAUGGAAGUUACAUUGCGAAGGUGGAGCUGUGUUUUCAUCUCCUUGUCUAAGUUCUUUUCCACAUCACCUCUAUGUUGCUACACUAGGAGGACUGUUCUUGGCUGUUAACCCAGUGACGGGGAGUAAGAUUUGGAAAAGCAGCCUUGGAAAACCACUCUUCUCCUCUCCUCACUGCAAUGAGAACUACGUCUGUGUUGGGUGUGUGGAUGGAAACUUAUAUUGUUACACUCAUUCUGGAGAAAAGGUUUGGCAGUUUUCCACUAAUGGGCCAGUGUUUUCAUCCCCGUGCCUCUCAAGUUUAACUAAGCAAGAAAUAUUUUUUGGCUCUCACGACUGCUUUAUCUACUGCUGUAACAUGGAGGGUAAUUUACUGUGGAAAUUUGAAGCCACUUCAAGUGUAUAUGGAACACCAUUCAUUUUCCAAAGUGAUGACUUAAAUAACAAAAUUCUCUUGGCUGCAGUAUCUACAGAUGGCAAAGUGUGGAUCCUGAAUGCCAAGAGCGGAACAGCAGAAGGAGUAUAUAAGCUUCCAGGAGAGGUUUUCUCUUCACCUGUAGUAUGGGGAGCAAAGCUUGUUGUUGGCUGUAGAAAUGAUUAUGUUUAUUGUCUAGAUCUGUAUAUAACAGGAAAAAAUAACAGCUGUUAGGCUGCUUUAUGUUUAUUGUUUACAUUUGUGAACUAGGAGCUCACAGGUGCUCUCUACCCCUCUGCCUAUUUUGCUGCAGGCAGGAUUUUGCAUGAGGCAGUGUCCACAGUUGGCUGUAGUGAUGGAGGGAGGAUGGCUGCUCAGCACCUUGCCAGAGAGGGGACAAAGUGUGUAAGGUGCCAUAUUCCACAGCUUGGAUCGUGGGCUUGCCUCUGAGGAAAGAGUGUUUUGCUUCCUCUGAGUCCAUCUUCACCUGUGCCUGGCUCUUCCUUGCAUCACACUAAUGUUUGUGUGUCUGUCAAGAUUUCUGUGCCAAGGCAAGCUAACCCAAGUCCUUUUUCGAAUCGAACUUUUAACAUGAUUUCUGGAGACAUAGCCUGAAUUUCAUAUACCAGGAAGAAGCAAACUGUUUACUAUAGUUUGUACAAACAGAAUAUUCAUCUUUCACGGACUUAGGCCCUCCAAGGCUUAAUUCAAUCUAGCAUAUACUUAGACUCCAUUGAAGUCAGUAGGAGUUGCCUCUUGUAUUCUAAAGUGGAAAUAACACUAUAAAUAUUUAUUAAAUUUCAAUGACAGGUAUGGUAUGAGUUCCAAGAUGAAGUGUGCACUGCUCAAAUCAACCACUGUCAAAUAAUUUUUUAAGAUACUUGAAGGAAUGCUGUUUACAUUGUCUUCACAAGAACUAUUAAUAAAAGGUUGUGUAAAUUG